UAAAUAUGGCUCAGUCAGGGCUCUGCCUUCAAGUCGAUCAUGAUGAGAUCAACCGUGCGUGUUCUGUGCUGCUUGCUGGUGCUGGUGGCUUACUCAGCUACAGCUUUUCGCAUCAAAGAGGUCCAAGAUGUGCUGAACAGUUGCGUGCAAUGCCACGAUACCGACCCCGAUAAAAUCAAUGUGCAUUUGAUUCAUCAUUCGCACGACGAUGUCGGCUGGCUGAAGACUUUGGAUCAGUACUACUGGGGACUGAACAAUGGAGACGCCAAUGUGGCAGUCCAGAACAUUCUCACUUCCGUUGUUAAGGCCCUGUGGGAAGUACCCGAACGAAGAUUCAUCCAAGUGGAGACCGCGUUCUUCUGGAAAUGGUGGCAAAACGAGAGCGACGACUUGAAGGCCAAGCUGAAGACUUUAGUGGAAAAUGGCCAGCUGGAGAUUAUCAAUGGAGGCUGGUCGAUGAACGAUGAAGCUUGCGUGAACUACCAGUCGACUAUUGACCAGUUCACCUGGGGAUUCAGGAUCCUGAAUGAGACAUUGGGCGAAUGUGGAAAACCCACUUUUGGAUGGCAAAUCGACCCGUUUGGACACAGCAGAGAACACGCGUCCAUUCUCUACCGCUUGGGCUUUGAUGGGCUGGUUUUCUCCCGCUUGGACAAGAACGACAAGAGCCUGAGGAAGGAGAACAGCGACUUUGAGUUUCUAUGGCAAGGCAGCGCCAACGAUGAGGACAAUGUUGUAUUUGGAGCGCUAACACCUGAGGACAUCUACUACCCCCCUAGCGGCUUUUGCUUCGACAUCCUAUGCGAGGAUGACAAGAUCAUCGAUGACCCGGAUGACGAAGCCUUCAAUGCAGAGGCCAGAGCCCAAGCAUUUGCGGACAAAGUCAAAGAGCAGGUCAAAUGGUACAAGACCAACCACCUACUGGUGACGAUGGGCGGAGACUUCCAAUAUCAAGCGGCUGAAAUCAACUUCCAGAACUCCGAUAAGCUGAUCAAGGCCUUUGAACACCACGAGGACAUCAAGCUGAUCUACUCAACGCCCUCUUGCUACCUCAAAGCUGUGUACGAAGCCCAGCCCACCUUGCAGGUUAAAACUGAUGAUUUCUUCCCUUACGGUAGUGCUGAUCACAGCUACUGGGCUGGGUACUUCACGUCGAGGCCAAACUUUAAGCGGUUUGAGCGUACCAGUCAUAAUGUUCUUCAGGUGGCAAAGCAGCUCAGCGCCUUAGCUUUGGCCAGCGGCCAAGAGGCAGACGUCGACUCUUUGCGGGCCUUGAGGGAGAACAUCGGGGUGGCUCAACACCAUGACUCCAUUACUGGCACGGCCAAGCAACACGUUUCCAAAGACUACACCAAACUGCUGGCACGCGGAGUUAGUCAAGCAGAAGCGCCGUUCACCAAACUUCUGGAAGGUCUUCUGGAGGUGGAUCUCUCGGGCUCUGUCAACCUCACUUCGUGCCUCCUGGCCAACAUCAGCGUCUGCACAGCGAGCCAGACAUCGGAAAACUUGCUGGUGGUGGUCUACAACCCGCUGUCCUGGCCGGUGGACUUUCCUGUACGUUUGCCAGUGGAUGAGGGCAGUUUUAUUAUUGUUGGGUCCGAUGGGGUCGAGGCCUACGAUGUGACUACGCCGAUUUCCAGUUUCUCCUACGUGAAGCUGGACGAUGCGAAGCCGGCGGCGCGGGAGUUGGUGUUUAUCGCCUCCCAAGUCCCGCCACUCGGGGUGAAAUCCUAUGUGAUAACCAAGGAUUUGGUUAAAAACAGCCGCUCUGCAGUUGAGCGGAAGUUGGAGGAGGACGUCCUCAAGUUCGGAGAUGAGAGCGCAGGGUUUGAAAUCGACGAAGAGACCAAUCUGCUGAAGUCGGUGACAAUGAACGGAGUGACUUUGCCAGUGAGCCAGACGUUCUUGCAUUACCUCAGCCACGACGGGAGGGACGACAACGAUCCCUCCGGAGCCUACAUUUUCCGACCGGACGGCGAAAUUAUCCCCUUCAAUAAACCUGCAAUUCUGUCGAAGACGCAAGGAGAGGUGGUGGACGAAGUCCACCAAAGGUUCAACGAGUGGAUCACGCAGAUUAUCCGAGUCUACAAGGGCGCGCAGAAUUACAUCGAGUUUGACUGGCUGGUUGGUCCGCUUAAUAUAUCCGAUGAUAAAGGAAUGGAAGUGGUGACUCGCUUCACAGUGGACAACUUCAACAACGAGCGCACCUUCUACACCGACUCAAACGGACGCGAAAUGAUCCAAAGAGUGCGCAACAAGAGGCCCACUUACAGCUACGACUCCUCCAUUGAGCCAGUGGCCAGCAACUACUACCCAGUCACCUCCAAGUUGGUCAUCAAAGAUGAGGAUGGGGAGCUGGAGGUGGCCGUUCUGAACGAUCGCUCCCAGGCUGGAACCAGCCUGGGCGAAGGCCAGAUCGAGCUGAUGGUGCACAGAAGAGACGUGAAGGACGACGCCAAGGGCGUAGGAGAGGCUCUGAAUGACACAGAGUUCGACCAAGGGAUCGUGGCCAGAGGCCAGCACUAUCUCAUUCUAGGUCCAAGUUCCACUCUUUUGGAACAAGGGAAAACGGUGGCAGCGCAGGAGCGGAUUCUGGCCCACCAAAAGCUCCUGCAGCCCUGGGUGGGGAUGGCUGAAGCAGGCGACCUAACAGUUGAAGCGCUUGAGAAGCUGAUGAGCAAAACUUACUCAGCUCUGAGCAAGAGCCUUCCGGAGAACGUGAAUAUUCUCACUUUAGAGCCAUGGGCUGACUACACCUACUUGCUGCGAUUGGAGCAUAUUUUCGAGAAAAAUGAAGAUCCAGAGUUGUCGUCCCCGGUCACUGUUAAUCUGCAGGAGCUUUUCUCGGGCUUCGUAGUGAGGAAGGCAGUGGAAACCACCCUGGGGGCAAACAGGGAGUUGGCUGGUCUUAAAACCAAGUACGACUGGAGCUACAAGGGAACCUACAAGUACGCCAAACAGUCCCUGGCUGGCCUCGACGUGACGCUUCAGCCCAUGGAUAUCAAGACCUUCAUCAUUGAAGUAUCCAGAUGAAUUAUUGUGCCAAAAUAAACGGACUUUCCCAACGG